UCAUCCCAAAUCAUCUUUUGUGAGCCUCUCGUCCUUACUCUUAUUUGCAGAUGGAAAGGCUGGAACUUUACACCUCGGAAAUGGCUGAUUCCCUUGGCGAAAUCUGAUUUCUUUUGUCAGAAGUAAACCUUUGCUAUAUAUCCAUCAUUCACACAGGCGAAGUCCGGUUCAAUUCGGUUUUCAUGUCUUUUUUACUGGUUAGAUGGUGAUCGUUGAAUAAGAGAGACUGAUGAAUAUGGGCUCGGCGGUUUAUGCUGGUAGUUCUUCUGUUGUAUCUAUGGAGUUAAGAUGGGUGAGAAGAAGCAAUGGUGGCAGUGAUGAUACAAGCAGAAACCCAGGAAAUUUCAAGGAGUUGAAUGCUGCCUCGACACUGCCUAUUUAUAUAUCCACUACAAAAAAGGAUGUAAAUCUGCAGGAAUUGAGAGAUCUGUAUUUGCAUUGCAACCACUCGUGCAACCGGUUACCAAAUGGGAGCAUCAAAGAGAUCAUGGACAUGAAAAAGCUGUGCACUGCUAUCUCCCACAGUGCAGUUGUUGUCUCUGUUUUCUGCAAAUCCCAUCUUAUUGAUGUCAGCCUGUCCUCAUCUUUGUCUCCAUCAGACAUCGGGAAAGGAAACAAAGUUGUCAGCCCUCUGAGAGGUGUAUUUCGGGAUGUGUUGCCAGUCACCCCUUCCAAUGGUCAGCUUGUUGGGUUUGGUCGUGCUGUUUCUGAUUGUGAAUUGACCGCUUCCAUCUACGAUGUCAUGGUUAUUCCUUCACUUCAGAGGAUGGGAAUUGGUAAAAUUAUUAUUAGAAGAAUUAUCAGACUUCUCACAAGCAGAGACAUCUAUGACAUAGCGGCUCUUUGCUCAGAGCGUGAAAGGUUGUUCUUCAACGCUUGCGGAUUCGGAGAGGACAUGUUGGGAUCCACGACAAUGAUGUACAGAAAGAGUUUGGAGCAAAUCACCGAUGCAGAAAAGUCAAUUGAAUCUUCAAGGAUCACAGAUUAAGCAAGCUGAAUAACGGCAACUCAUGACUUGUUUCUGAUGAUUAGUUCUUACAUAGGAUGUGAGGCAAGUCACUCUAGUUCUCUUCUUCCUGAUGUAUGCCAAGCCCCAAACCUUUGCUUAUGUCCUGGACCAUUAGCAAGAAUCCUUUCUAACUUGCUUAUUACAUAAACUGUUGUUCUGAAUCAGAAUUGUAUUAACUUGUUUUAUACAUAAAUCAUAAAUGUAUGUUUGCAUA